AUGGCCAGUGCUCCUCUGAUGCUUGAGAACCUUCUAUACAAAAAACGCAAUUUGGUUUAUGCCUUUGCCCGCCAUCGUCUGUUUCUGUUAUGCAAACAAUCGCUAGUACGAGUGCAGUCUGCGGAGGGCAUCAAACGCAUUGAGAUCUCACCCAAGUCAAAUUUGAAGCAACUCUAUGACAGCGUUCAGACUGCCAUGCAAGUGGAUGGAUUCGGCCUGUUCAAGGAGCGUAAUUUUCUUACAGAACUUCAGGCCAGUGGCUCCCAGCUUGUGGGAACCGCACUGAAGCAUGGCGACAUGAUAUACUUAAAACAAAUGGCUGGCACUUCGACGCGGCGCACCAGUACCGUUGCCAUUGAAAAUCAGGUCUUCAAGUCGACUGCAGCUAGCGAAAAGCUGAGCAACAGCAAUACGAACAGCGCUCGGCCCUCAACUAACGUGAUCGAGGAUGAGGUGGAUCUGAACCUGUCCAAAGCCGAUGGCACUAUUAAGCGCGAACGCGAUAGCAAGCUCUGCCAUCACAAUGCCAAUGGCCGUUGCGUUCAUUGCUCGCCGCUGGAACCCUAUGAUGAGGCCUAUUUGAAGGAGAAUAACAUCAAGCACUUGUCGUUUCAUUCGUACAUACGCAAGCAGACAUCAGGCAUGGAUCAUGGCAAAUACUUUGUAUUCGAUGACAUAAAUUGCCGCAUCAAGACAGGCUGUAGGGAACAUCCGCCAUGGCCCAAGGGCAUAUGCUCCAAGUGCCAGCCAUCGGCCAUAACCCUGAACCGUCAGACCUAUCGUCAUGUGGACAAUGUCAUGUUCGAGAAUACCAAAAUUGUAGAACGUUUCCUAAACUAUUGGCGUACCACUGGCCACCAGCGUAUGGGCUAUUUGUACGGAACUUAUGAGCCGCAUACAGAUGUACCGCUCGGCAUACGCGCCACGGUGGCAGCGAUCUAUGAGCCACCGCAGGAAUCGACACGGGAUUCGAUCAAUAUGUUCCCCGAUGAGGGGGACGCCGAAGUCGAUGCUGUAGCCAAUGCGUUAGGACUGAAGAAGAUUGGUUGGAUAUUCACUGAUCUCAUCACGGAUGAUGCAACUGCAGGAACUGUGAAGCAGAUUCGUGGCAUCGAGACCCACUUCCUCACCGCCCAGGAGUGCAUAACGGCCGGAGAGCUGCAGAAUCGUCAUCCCAAUCCAUGUAAAUAUGCCUCAAAUGGCGUCUUUGGCUCAAAGUUUGUGACCAUUUGUGUGACGGGAGAUCAAACCAAACAAGUACAUAUGGAGGGAUAUGCGGUGUCUGCCCAGUGCAUGGCUCUGGUCCGAGAUGAUUGUCUGAUACCCACUAAGGAGGCUCCCGAAUUGGGAUAUGUGCGUGAGUCCACAGAUAAGCAGUAUGUUCCAGAUGUCUUCUAUAAGGAAAAAGAUCAAUAUGGCAACGAGGUUCAGCGUCUGGCACGUCCUCUGCCCGUGGAAUAUCUGCUGGUGGAUGUACCCGCCUCUACGCCGGUUAAACCGCAGUACACGUUCACAAACUACGACAAGCGGCAGGCAUUCCCCAUCGAGAACCGAUACAUUGACGGACAUCUGCAGGACUUUAGUGCCCUGAGCGGCUAUCUGUCCGCCUGGGGCGAGGAGGAGUUCCUCGAGGCCAUCUCCGACUUUCACUUGCUCGUCUAUCUGUACAAAAUGGACAUGCUACCGCUGCGUCAGCACAUGGCGUCACUGCUGGAGGCGGUGCGUACCAAGAACCCCAAUCGGGCGGCCGACUUCAAGGGCGAGGAGGUGUGGAAGCUGCUCGAGUCCCUCAUCCAGGCCAGUUCCGGCGGAAGUGGUGGCACCACCAGCUAUCCCAGCGGUGCUGGAGCGGCCAAUGCCGGUGGUGUGGCUGGCGCGGAUGCAAUGGAUCUGGAUGAUAACACCUGGACGUGCAACCACUGCACAUUCAUCAAUCGCGGCGACCUGCAAUCCUGCGAGAUCUGCUCGCUACCGAGAUAAAGAUCCGCUCCGCCGACCCAAUAACUUUCCAACGGCAUCCUGGAUGAACAAUUCUAAAUUCUGGUGUAAAACAAACUAAAGAUUCAAUCAUACUUAUUUGUAGCCGCAGUUGAAAGGCCGAUCCAACCACACACAAGACACAACAGCUGCUCGUGGAUAUGUCGCCCAUUCUCUAUAUAUAUGUAAACGUCGUGUAAGAAUUUUAUAAAAUAAAACAAAAAA